AUGGAGGCCAAGGAGGGCUAUGUCGAGGUAGACGACGAUUGGGUCAGGCAGAAGGCAGGCUUACAGGCAGCCAUUGAACGGGUACUGAAGAAACUCGAAGGGAUACUCGAGCCGGAGACUGAGUCUUCGUCUUCGUCCGAUGACGAUGGCAGCGACGACUACACGUCGGAUGAGGAGGAAGAUUAUGACGACAACGACAUCAGCGACUGCUCUUCGGAUGAGGAAGAUGAUGGUGACGACAGUGACUACUCAUCAUCAGACGAAGAGGAAGAUGACAACGAUGAUGGCAGCGACUGCUCGUCAGAUGACGAGGAGGAAGACGACGAUGAUGAGGACGACAGCAGCUACUUCUCGUCGGAUGAGGAGGACGACGAUGAGGACAGCUACAGCUCCUCAGAUGAGGAGGAGGAUUGUUUUGCGAUCCUUGGCGAUUGUGCAAUGCUAGGCUUUAAUUUGAUAACCUUCGUGCCACGCGCACGGGCGAUGCAGCUGAUCGAGGACACCCGCAUCACCGUGCACGCACAGUGCGGGCCCACCGUGUCCUGCGCCGACAUCCUGGCCCUCGCCACCCGCCGCGCCGUCGUCCGCGCAGGCGGCUGA